AUGCUCCAACAGGCUCGGGAUGUGAAAGAUUUACAGUCAUAUGUAAAGGAAGAGUUGAAUGUUCGCGAGGUCGUGUUGACUCGUGAUGAAGAGCGAUUUAGCGUCCUUCUCGAGGCACGUGUCGACUGGCCUACUCUGGGAAAGAAGUUGAAGAAGGACGUGCAGGUCAUUCGCAAGGCCUCGCCCAAGUUGACGCAGGCUCAACUGAGACAAUACAUGCAAGAAAAUCGGAUGGCGAUGGAGCGUGUCGAUCUAGAAGAGGGUGAUCUCAAUGUCGUUCGAACAUUCGGUGCACGAGAGCCAACCGACCCAGCUAGCCAACCCGGCCCGAAGUGGAAGGCUUCGUUUUCUGAGGAAGCCAUCGUCCUCCUUGAUCUUGCUCCCAACACUGAACUCCAUGGCGAGGGAUUGGUGCGUGAUAUCAUCAACAGGGUCCAGAAGAUGCGAAAGACAGCCGGUCUGGUCCCGACCGAGGUCCGCAUACAGUACGGAAUUACCUGCAAUCCAGACAAUAUCGACCUCGACACCCUCAUUGCUUCUCAGCAAGCUAUCAUCAAGAGCUCGCUGCGCGGUCCAAUUGAGCCUCUUCCGGCAGCCAAUCUGUCUACCCAGUUCUGCAUCCUUGAAUAG